AUGACAGUCAUGGACCCUGCUCAGCUCAAGACAGCAUCGAUGAACGUUGUAAAAUCUCGUGCGUUCUCGUCCGAGUCAAUGCUGGACCAGGACCUCAAAAUCAGUCGGAGAAGGAGCAGCCAUGGCAGCGUGGCGACGAGAUUGCACUUCAUGGCAAAACCAGAGCAGGGAAAUCAAACACUUCUCACAGAAUUCAUCCUGCUAGGAUUUGGGAAUCUUCCUGAGCUACAAAUUCUUCUCUUCCUCCUGUUUCUCAUCAUCUACAUUGUGACUGUGGCUGGGAAUGUCCUCAUCAUUGCACUAGUUGUGGCUGAUCAGCAACUUCACACCCCCAUGUACUUCUUCCUGGGAAACUUGUCCUGCUUGGAGACCUGCUACACCUCCACAAUCCUGCCUAGGAUGCUGGCCAGUCUCCUGACUGGGGACAGAACCAUUUCCGUUAGCAGCUGCCUCACACAAUAUUAUUUCUUUGGUUUCCUGGCAGUUGCAGAGUGUUGUCUCCUGGCAGUGAUGUCCUAUGAUCGAUAUUUAGCGAUAUGCAAACCUCUGCAUUAUGAAGUCCUUAUGCAUGGCAGGUCCUGCCUCCAGCUAGCAGUUGGCACUUGGAUAAGUAGUUCUCUGGCUGCUGAUAUAACAGUAUUUUUAAUGCAACAAUUAACUUUCUGCGGCCCUAAUGAAAUUGAUCAUUUCUUUUGUGACUUCAUCCCAGUAAUAAAACUCUCUUGCAGUGACACACGUAUGAUGGAGCUUAUCACUACCAUGCUGGCUGCUAUGUGCACUCUCCCACCAUUUUUAUUAACACUGGCAACAUACGUCUGUAUCAUCACCACCACCCUGCGAAUCCCUUCCACCAUCGGGUGGCAAAAUGCCUUUUCCACCUGCUCCUCUCAUCUCAUCGUGGUGUCAAUUUUCUAUGGGACCAUAAUGAUUGUCUACAUGCUACCAAAAACUGACACACUGAGAGACCUGGACAAAGUGUUCUCUGUCUUCUACACAGUCGUGACUCCCAUGGUCAACCCCCUCAUAUACAGCCUGAGCAACAGAGAGGUCAAAGAGGCCCUGGGAAAAAUUGUCACUAAAUAUUCUGCUAUCAAAAGGAUUCAGACCAUCCUGCCAUAG